UCAUCCGUCUGCAAAUUCUUUUUUUCAAUUUGUAUUAAAUUUUUUUCCCAAUUUUUUCGCCAUUAUCGAAAACCUAAUUUCAGUUUCAAAACCCUCGCUCUCUCUAACCCCUCUCUCCCUUUCUUCCCUCUCUCUCUCUCUCUCAGCCGUUCUCUUCUUCCUCCAAUGCAAAACACCGUUUGAUUCCAAACCCUAAUUUCGUCGGUCCAGGAUUCUCGUCGGAUACAUUCCGUUCGUUACGUGUGCAAGGGGAGGAGGGUUGUUGCUUUCGUGUUUUACCGCUGUUUCUCUCUGUUUUUUUUCUUUUCCGGUUGGUGAUUGGAGAUGGUUUCGUCCGGUUCGAGAACCGAGGGCGGGCCGCUGGUUAUAUCGGCGGGCGUGCGAAGAACUAUACAAUCGAUUAAAGAGAUCGUGGGGAAUCACUCGGAUGCUGAUAUUUACGCGGUGCUUCAGGAUACGAACAUGGACCCUAAUGAAACCGCUCAAAAGAUGCUCAAUCAAGAUCCAUUUCACGAGGUGAAAAGAAAAAGAGACAGGAAAAGAGAGAUUUCAGGGUACAAGAGCUACAUUGCUGCAGAUCCCAAGAAAAGUGCCGACCCUGCUCAUAUGCCAGUAAAGUUUAGUGCUUAUUCUGACCGCAAUACUCGAAGAGGUGUUUCUACUCGAAAUGCUGCACCUGAUGCAGGAGCCAACCGAGAGUUCCGUGUUGUUCGAGACAACAGAGUUAAUCAGAAUGCCGGUACAGAUUUAAAACCUGUUCAAAGUUCUAAUUCUACGAGUGAGGACACUGUCUCUAUGAAGAGCACUUUGACUGGAAUUUCUGAACAUCAAGAGCCUCCAGCUGGUCAGCGUUCAACUCAAGCUUUAAAUAGACCUGCUGAUUUACAAGCUCCACAAAUUAAGAUUGCUAAACAAAGCGGUAAUGACAAGAAAGAAAUGCCUUCGGAGAAGCGGCUUGCAAGUACAAAUGUUAAUUCACGAUCGCAUAAAAAGGCAAAUGGCCCCCAACCACAUUCUACAAAUUCUUCUACCAGUUCUGUCGUGGGUGUAUAUUCAUCGUCUUCUGAUCCUGUUCAUGUACCUGCUGCUAGACCUGCUGCUAGUGUUGGGGCCAUCAGGAGGGAAGUUGGAGUUGUGGGACCUCGUCGUCAGUCAUCGGAUAAUUCUGCUAAGCCCUCAUCUCAGAACAUCUCUUUGCCCAAUACACAAUCAGGUCGAGAAAGUCACUCACGGGAUUCAGCAAGACCAUUAAGUGCUCUACCUAAGACCGACCAAUCAGUUCAAGAUGUGGCACCGGAGUCUGCUAUGCCUGGUUUGCCAGCAAACAGAAGUUUUUCAAGUAAUCAAUAUGGUAGCAGACAACAUCAACUCAUGGGCCAUCAGAAAGCUCCUCAGCCUAAUAAGGAAUGGAAGCCAAAAUCAAGCGUGAAACCAAUUGCCAAUGGUCCUGGCGUUAUUGGAACUCCUGCAAAAACAAUUUCUCCCCCUGCGGUCAAUCCAGAAGACUUGAAAAAGGAAGCUGCUCAGAUGCAAGAUAGUAUGUCACGAUUGAACCUCUCUGAGAAUCAAAAUGUGAUUAUAGCAGCACAUAUCCGUGUCUCCGAGACAGACAGAUGUCGACUGACCUUCGGCAGCUUGGGCGCUGAAUUAGAUGGUUCGACGAAUUCAGUGAGCAUGUCUGCUGAUGGUGCAGAAGAAGUAUCUGCUGAACCUUCUGGAAGCAUUUCAGUUUCGGUUCCAGAAUCUUCACCAGAUGAUCUUGGUGGUAGCAGACAAGUAGAGACGAUGGAUGACUCUGUCCGCAGCUCAGAGUCCAAUUCUCCCGAUUCUGGUGCUGUAUCUGAUCACACACUGACGGAGAAGAAAGAGCCUUCAAAUCCGAAGAAUCUGGAAAACUAUGCUGCUGUUGGCUUGGUACGAGUAAAUAGCCCAUCUUACACUCCAGAAUUGCUACAGCAGCAAGAUGCUUCUGAAUUGCCGACCUUCUCGGGUUAUGAUCCACAGAUGGGAUACGAUAUCUCAUACUUCCGUCCAAUUGUUGAUGAAACCUUUAGAGGGUCGGGCUUGCCAUCAUCACAGGAGAUCCUAAGUGUGCACACAUCAAAUGCGAUGCCUGCUUCCACGAUGGCAAUGGUACAACAACAGCAGCAACAGCAGCAGCAGCUGGCCCAGAUGUACCCCCAGCUUCAUGUUUCUCAUUUUGCUAAUCUAAUGCCGUACCGUCAGUUCCUAUCUCCUGUCUAUGUACCACCAAUGCCUGUGCCUGGUUACUCUAACAGUCCUGCCUAUCCUCAUCCCUCAAACGGUAGCAGUUAUGUAUUGAUGCCUGGAAAUAGCAAUUUCCAGGCAUCAAGUGGCGUCAAGUACGGCAUCCAGCAAUUUAAGCCUGUCCCUGCUGGUAGUGCAACUGGGUUUGGAAACUUCACCAAUCAGUCCGGUUAUGCCAUCAGUACUCCUGGGAUUGUUGCAAGUGCACCUGGGCAUGAUGAUUCAUCUCGGCUCAAGUACAAAGAUAAUCUUUAUGUUCCUAACCCUCAGGCAGAGACAUCUGAAAUUUGGAUGAACCCAAGGGAUCUUUCUGGUAUGCAGUCAGCAUCGUACUACAACAUGCCUGGGCAGACACCUCAUCCUGCUUAUUUGACAUCACACAGUGGUCAUGCUUCUUUUAACGCGGCUGCACAAUCGUCUCAUAUGCAGUUCCCGGGAAUGUACCAUCCUUCUCCACAGCCCACUGCAAUUGCAGGUCCUCACCAUAUGGGCCCCUCCAUUGGCGGCAAUGUUGGUGUUGCCGCUCCAGCUCCCGGAGCACAAGUGGGUGCCUAUCAGCAACCUCAGCUUGGGCACUUGAAUUGGAACGGAAACUUCUGAAGAGAGCUAGCUCUUUGUUGGACGGACCCCCUCCUCUAGCUUGCAAAGGCAGAUAUAAAAGCUAUAGGUACUUUAACUGUGUCAUUAUGAAAUGUAAAGACUGCUUUAUGGUUUUAAUGAAUGCAUUGAGAAGUUGUCUUGCCCAUCUUGCCUUAGCCUAUUUUGAUCUCUAGGACAGAUUCCUUGAGUAGGAGCUCCAGAUCUCAAGUACCUCUUAGUACUUGAGAUGCUGUUCGUUUUUUUCGUAUAGUAUCUCAUUUACUAAGGUUUGAUAGUUUGUUUCAGCUCUUAGUUUUGUUUCUGUUCUGUGAGAAAUCUUUACUGUGUUCUGUCCAUAUUAACAAGUUAAUUUUCUUAA